GCGAGUUGCCACUGCUGAGUGCUGAGCUGACUGCUGUUGCUGGUCCUCCUGUGUGAAGUGUAUUAUUUUGUUUGUUUUUGACUUUUGUUGACUUACGUGAGAAACGAGAAACAAGACAAAUUGUUGAUUAUUAGGAUUGUUUAUUAGUAGGCUACCAGUAAAUACUAAAUAUUAGCAUUGAUCUAGGGGAUAAGCCAUAGCCAUAAUAAAAUGUUUCCAAGUCAAGGAUUGUCAACGCCUUCAACGGCCAAUCCGAUGAAAGAUUUUGAAGUUACUUCUCCGCCUGAUGAUUCCAUUUCUGCCUUGGCUUUCAGUCCAGCCACACUUCCACAGAACUUUUUGGUGGCUGGUAGUUGGGAUAACAAUGUGAGGUGUUGGGAAGUGGAACAGUCCGGCAAGACAAUCCCUAAGUCAAUGCAGACUAUGGCGGGUCCUAUAUUGGACGUCUGUUGGAGUGAUGAUGGUACCAAAGUGUUCAUGGCUUCUUGUGACAAGAUGGUCAAGUGUUGGGACCUGGCCAGUAACCAGACAGUGCAAGUGGCUCAACAUGACGCGCCUGUCAAGACAUGCCACUUUGUCAAGGGACAGAACUACUCUUGCAUCAUGACUGGCUCCUGGGACAAAACACUCAAGUUUUGGGACACCCGCAGUCCAAAUCCAAUGCUUACUAUUCAACUGCCGGAACGAUGCUACUGUGCAGAUGUGGACUUCCCUAUGGCUGUGGUCGGGACAGCUGGUCGAGGACUGAUUGUGUACCAGCUGGAUGGAACCCCUCGCGAGUACAAACGCGUUGACUCUCCACUCAAAUAUCAGCAUCGAUGUGUCGCUAUCUUCAAAGAUAAGAAGAAAUCUCCUACAGGCUAUGCAUUGGGCAGUGUUGAGGGGAGGGUGGCCAUACAAUAUGUCAGUCCAACAAAUCCUAAGGACAACUUCACAUUCAAGUGUCACCGGUCCAAUGGCGCCCAAAGUGGCUACCAGGAUAUCUACGCUGUGAAUGAUAUUGCGUUCCACCCUGUACACGGGACACUGGCCACUGUAGGCUCUGAUGGAACCUUCAGCUUCUGGGACAAAGAUGCCAGAACUAAGCUGAAGCCGUCGGAAACAAUGGAACAAGCCAUUACCAAAUGCGCUUUUAAUCACAAUGGGCAGAUAUUCGCAUAUGCAGUUAGCUACGACUGGGCUAAGGGACAUGAGUUUUACAACCCUACAAAGAAGAACUACAUAUUUCUACGGUCCUGUUAUGAUGAGUUGAAGCCUCGCACGUCUUCGUAAACAUUCUUUCAGCAUUUAUUUGUAGAUAUAUAUUCUUUCCUGAAAAUUAUUUGUUAAGUAAACUAUCUGUAACUAA